AUGGGCUCUGCGACCGCAUCUUUGUUCAGAACAUUAAGCAAUGCAAAGCUCAAAUUGCUCCUUGUUUUCCUAGCUAUCACGGCUAUCCUUCUACUUACAUUACAUUCCCCAAGCGUAUCUAAAAACAUCCUGCCAGAAGCGAAAGAGGAACUGGUGGAUGAAAAAGACUACUGGACAUGGGAAACGAGAACCCAAUUUCGAACUCCAGCUGGAAAUGAUAACAGCAAUUUGAACGAGACGACAUGCGACUCAUUCCCUUCAGAAAUUCUUCCGCGCAUCCAGAUCGUUUUAAAAACCAGCGCAACCGAAAACCCUAAACGAAUCGAUUCGCACAUGGCCUCUGUAACUCGCUGCAUUUCCAACCUGCUCGUAGUCUCGGAUAAAGAGACCGAGCUCCAUGGCCACAGGGUAUAUAACAUUCUAGAGGAUCUACCUCCGUCUGCCCGGGAAAAGAUCCCGGAAUUCGAAGCAUAUAAUAAAUUCCAACGCAACGAGUCCGAAAUCGACGGCGCAGCAGGCUGGAAGCUGGAUCGAUUCAAGUUUCUGCCUAUGGUGGAGAGGGCCAAAAAGAUGAAUCCCAGUGCCGAGUGGUACGUAUUCCUGGAAACGGACACUUAUAUCGUGUGGGAUAAUCUGUUCCGACUGCUGGAGCAGUUCGAUCCCUCCUCUCCUCUGUAUAUGGGGUCGCCUGCUCCAGGCCGUGGCAUUGGAGAAGGCAAGGUGAACUGGUUCGCCUAUGGCGGGUCGGGCUUCGUUCUCUCCCGGGCAGCUGUCGAUACACUGGUGGCUCGGAAGACUGGGAGACUUGGAGAGUAUAUUGGACCAUCGCUCAGCGAGCAGUACAUGCAGAUUGUCACAGAUGACUGCUGCGGUGAUUCUGUACUUGGCUUUGCGCUCUAUGAAAAAGGAAUCACACUUUCUGGGAUGUGGCCGAUGUUCAACGCACACCCAUUAGACUCUAUUCCCUUUGGGAAUGACGAUCAUUGGUGUCAGCCUGCGAUCAGUAUGCAUAAGUCGCAAUUGAGUGACAUGGUUGCACUCGCGGAUUGGGAGGACAAUCGGGAUAGAACAGUAUGUACUAUUCACUGGUCUGCAAGGAAUGCGCUGACUGACACCCGCCAGAAACCUCUUCUGUACGCAGACCUAGUUGACUACCAUCAUCUGGGAAACUUGCCCGAACGCAAAGGGUGGGAUAAUGGAGCGUGGGGAGGUGUCAUCGAACAACCAGAUACUCUCCCACAACAUCAGUCCUUGGAAGCCUGUCGUCAAGCAUGCCAUAACAAGGACUGGUGCAUGACAUAUACUUAUGACGCUGCUGGAGCCUGUGUGUUCGUUAGCAGCCUACGACUUGGGGCUCCUAGCAAGCUGGAACUUGCCGACCAAUUCACGGCUGGAUGGGACAACGCCAAAAUCCAACAAUGGCGAGCGAAUAAUACUUGUGAGACGCCCAUGUGGGUGAAGCCAAGUUUGACACGAAUCUUUUAA